CUUCACUUCACUCUUCACUCAAACUAAAACAACAGAACAUACACAAAUAACAAAUGGCGAACAAGCUCUUCCUCGUCUCCGCAACUCUCGCCUUCUUCUUUCUCCUCACCAACGCAUCCAUCUACCGCACAAUCGUUGAGUUGGAAGAAGAUGACACCACCAACCCAAUGGGCCCAUUCGGCGGAAAACAGAAAUGUAGGAGGGAGUUUCAGCAAGCACAGCACCUAAGAGCUUGCCAGCAAUGGCUCCACAAGAAAGGAAUGCAAGCCCGUCGUGGUCCUUGGUCCCUCGAGGAGGAGUUCGACUUCGAAGACGACAUGGUGAACUCUGAUUCCCGGAGACCGCCGCUACUCCAGCAGUGCUGCAACGAGCUUCACCAGGAAGAGCCAGAUUGCGUCUGCCCAACCUUGAAACAAGCGUCCAAAGCGGUUAGACUCCAGAUCCAACAGGGACAACCCCAAGUAGUGAGACGUAUCUACCAGACCGCUAAGCACUUGCCUAACAUUUGCCAAAUUCCGCAAGUUAGCAUUUGUCCCUUCAGGAAGACCAUGCCUUUCCAGCCUCCCCACUACUAGAUUCCAAAAGAAACACUCUGAAGUGUAUAUACGACGGUGAUGUUGAGUAAGGUUGUUGAUGUAUGUUAACACUAGUCACUAGGCAGUCACCGUGUUUAUGCUAUAAUAAAAAUGUACUUUAAUAAGAUGUUUGAGGCUAUUGUAAUUAGACCUUAAUAAAAGAGAAGUUAGUCUUGUUUUUUUUA